AUGUUCCUUAUGAAUGCUUCUCCCUUCGUAGCUCUUCAGACAAAAUGGGAGUCCUUUGGACCAGCAAGGAAUUGUAGAUAUCCCGUUUGCUUCCCUGAAUCUGAAGGGGACAUCACUAGGACCUCUGUAAGUGCAAAAGUUCAGAUGAUCAUAAACAACCUGCAAAGUCAAGAGUCUCCCCUGGGUAUGAGCAAUGAGUAUGAUUGUAUUAUGCAGAAGAAACAAAAGGGAGAAAAGGGCACUAGUAACAGAGUCGCAUCUAGCACCACAUUGCUACGGAAGCGUCCUCAGUAUACCAAGUUUGGAUGCCCUGCUGAUUCAGAUGACCCUGAAGUGGAAGAGAACGUGGAGUUUGGGACUCUCUUGCUUGAUUCUGAUAGCGACGAUUCUGUUGACCGAGGUAUAGAGGAAGCCAUUCAAGAGUACUUGAAAGCAAAAAGCAAUAGUGACCAGUCAUUGCAAAGGAAUGCAGAAUGUUCUGAAAAUAUAAGCAGAGACAAAAGGUUUAAGAGAGAAUUCUCGGAGAACAAAAUGGCUAGUAACCUUCUCCCUGUGAAAUUUAAAGCUGAGAUGCUCUCUGAAGAGUACCUGUCUGACCACCUGGGACUUAAUAAAAGGCUACAGCCUGCUUCCCCUCAGAGCAUCAGUAGCGAUGACUCUUUUGAACAGAGCAUACAAGCUGAAAUAGUGCAGUUCUUGAAUGAGAAGAAGCAGCAAGAAAUUAGUAAGUGUGUAACUGGGGAGGAUAAAAAAGAUUCCCGUGUGAGGUCUGUCCUGAAAUGCAACAAAGAAACAACAAACAAAGCAAACUGUGGUGCUAUAAAGCAAGGUUGUAAUGCCCUCCUCUUGAGACACCAUCCCAAGCUACAGAAGACCAGCAGGCAGUCCAAGUGUUUGCAGUCUAAAAUCCAAGAAGAGCCUAGUGAUUUCCGCCAAGUGAACCAAGCGUAUCUAGAAAUGGCCACUGCCAGCCAGCCCUGGUUAGUGGAGCAAAAUGAUGAAAGUGGAGCUAAUUACUGGGAGAAGAAGGGAGCCCUUAUCACCGAGAGCAUGCACACAUCUGACUCAAGUAGUGAUGAUGGCAUUGAAGAAGCCAUUCAACUUUACCAGCUGGAGAAAAUCAGGAAAGAGGCAGGUCAUGCAACAGACUGUGUCCCUUUGCAGAGGGAGCAAUUUGACCCGAAGGGUAUGGCGGACAUUUCUGCAAGCCUGACAAUUAGCUCAACAAAAAGUGCCUCACCAGAAAUCCAUAAAAGCCCUAUAAGCAAAAAGAGGAAAGAAAUUAAUUCAAAGUCAACAGAAUUAGAAAGCACCAGCAAUGAAUUUAACAAGCUGUUUAAACCACUGAAAAAAGCCAGACAUUUUGCACUUCCGGAAAACAAGAUUGCUGCUUGUGAGCUCACAUUGCAGGCCUCUUGCAGAGCAGACACAUCUGCAGAGCUCAUGUGUGCGGAAGCUAUCCUUGAUAUUUCCAAAACAAUCAUGCCAUCCCAAAUGGGAAGUGACAACAAAUCACUGACUGCAGACUCCUUCUUUUCUCCUCAGCUUCUCUCGUCCUCCCAUUGUGAAAGUGACAGCAGCCUCGUGGACAGCGAUGAUAGUAUAGAGCAAGAAAUCAGGGCUUUUUUGGCUCUGAAAGCACAGUCAGAAAACCUUGCAACAAAGCCUCCCAGCCUAUCACACUCAAUCCAGAUGCCUUUGCCUUCUGAUCAAAACAGCCUCACUGGCACCCUUGAGCCUUCUCUUCCCAAAACACUGAAGCUAUCACUGAGUCGUAAAAGGAGGCUUAAAAGGGAAGGCAGAAUAGUGAAACAAGGUUCAUCAAAAACACCUGAACAGCUGGAGACAGGACUUUUCCAGGCAGGUAACUAUUCAAAAUUUCCUGUGCUCCAAGAGGAUUGUGCCCUGAGCAGCCCCACAGAACUCUGUGAUGCUCAAAGGCUGAGUAGUAAAGAGACGAGGCAGCAGCAGCUGAUGUCUUCCAAACUGUCUGGAUCUGACAGCAGAUGUGUGGCCUUGGACUCUGUAAACCCUUUUAUGCAGGUUCAGAGUAGUGCAAGAAAGCUUAUGAAAAAUACCAUCCAAACUCAAGAGAAGGAUGGUUCAGUUGAUGAGAGCAGUUCUCUGGAUAGUGAUGAGGACCUUGAUAGUGCUAUCAAGGACCUUUUACGGUCUAAAAGAAAAUUAAAGAAGAAGUCCAAGGACCAGAAAUCUCAGUGCAAGAAGAGAGUCAGAUUCAGUGAGACAGAAACUCAGCUGCUAGAUGAAUUUAGUAGCUUCCAACAAAACGAGUGGAAAUGUAAAAAUCCCAUGCUACUGAAAAGCUGCCUCUCAAAACCUAGAAAAGCUGUGAAAGAGAAUGCAACAAGAAAUCCUCCAGACAACAUAAAUGUCAAACUUACCAAUGAAAAACCAGAAACCAUGAAGAACUUAGAGUUUAACUUACAGCUGAAAAAAGGAUAUAAACCUAAACCAAUUUCAAACCAGAAUAACUUGCAGGUGGCUAAAAAUAGAAAGUCUACUUUCACAGCUGCAUCAGACGCUGAUGACAGCAGUUCAGUGGACAGCGAUGACAGCAUCGAACAAGAAAUUAGGAAGUUUUUGGCAGAAAAGGCUAAAGACUCUGCAAGCAAUUCAGAGAUACAAAAAGAUGAUACAACUCUGGACCUAUUGCAAGUGACCAAACAAACUGCUACUAAAGGGAAAGCAAAGCAACAGCCAGUUGAAAAUGAGAUUGACUUCAUGCUGGGUCAGAGUGAAAAGACUGAGGUAUCUCAGCAAACUGAUGAGUUGAAGAACUGUCAGAGAACAGAAGGGAAAAGUGCAAUGUUACAUGGCAGUGGGAAAUCUGCUUCCCCUGCAGAGAAUGUUCAUCUUCAUACUACUGGUCGGUCAAAAGCAAAGCAAGGAGUGGUGGGCGUUAAAGGUGUUGCUGCUAGUGAGUUGUCUGGAAAUGCAACAGGUAAAAAGGAUGUCCCUAAUACAGAGCCCGUGCAGAAAAUGGCUCCACCUAAAACCAGCAAAAAUGAAGGUUGUAAAGUACGAAAAGUAAUUAAUGCAAAGUCUAGAUCUAAAAGAAAGAAUACCUUUCACUUAAAAAUUUCGAGUAAAUUUAUUGCAGGUCUAAAAUAUGCUCGGGACAGGAAGAAAUCCAUGCUUUUGAACAAAAGGCAGAAAGCAGAGCGUUUGCUUGCCCAGAGUAGUGCGUUAGGAACGGAGGUGGCUUCCCAGGAUACAGACAUACUUAACCAGGGAAGAGGAGCCCCCUUGCCAAAAGGCAAAUUUAGUGGGGAGAGUCCAACAGCAAGAAAAGAAUCCAGUUCUCCUGAGACGCUUCUUGCUGUGGGAGUGUCAAGUCCCCAUGUAGCAGAAACCUGUGUAAGACUGGAGGCUGCUCCUUUGUAUAUCAGAGAGGAAGCAGAGGGUUGCAGAAAGGCUAAUGCUUCAGGAGAUCAGUCAGAUUCACAUUCGACUCUCCCCUUGCAGGAAUGGAGUGUGGCAGCAGUAAAGGUAGAUAAGGUUUGCAGUGGGACAUCCAAAGCUGAGAACACACAGAUGUGCAUCGAGGAAGGAGAUAUCCACAAAGACAGCUGGACCAAUUCAAAUUUAGAUCCCCCACGCCCUGAACGCAGUAUGGCAGUGGUAAAAGCAGAUAAAGUUAGCAGAGACACAUCUUGGCAGAGUAUACAUGCAUGCAGUAAGGGAGAGAAUAACCAGCAGGACAAGAGGCCAGAUCCAAGUUUAGGUUGCCCACUGCAGGAACUAAAUGUGACAGCAGUAGCAGUGGAUAAAAAUAGUGGCGGAGCAUGUACAGGUAACAGUGUGCAGAUGUGCAUUGAGAAAGAAAAAGUUAUCUGCCAGGACAGUGACAGGCAGGAAGAAAUUCAGGUAUCCAGCUCCAAUUUGGAAGGAAAAAUACCUGUCCUGCAGAAUAAGGAAACUGCUUGUGAAGUGGACCAAGGGCAGGAAGCUUUAGACAAAACCUGUGCAAAACUUACUGACCUACCUGCAGGGGACUGCCUAGAUUCCCCCUUGAAAGGAAAGGUUUCAAAUAUGUAA